AUGGCGUCUGGAUCCUCGUUCUCGAGGUAUUCCACCAUCGUCCCCGAAGCCAUUGAAGGCGGAGAGGAUGCGGGGAACGGUGGAGGCGAGAUCGAGUUCAAGGCGGCACCUUCUUCGUCGACGAGCGGUGGGUCCGAUCCGUUCGCCGACGCGGCAGCCAUCGCCGAGCAAAGGGAUGCCGAGGAUGCCGAAUUCUUCAACAGCAUAAAGAAUAUGGAUGACCUCGUGUCCAAGACCAACCUGCAGUGGGCGCUACGCGAGUCAGGGGAGGUCGCGAGCGCCGUGGCAGGCGACGCCGCCGGAUCGGCGAGCGGCGGCGCGCAGAAGCGGCCGAAGGCUCGCCCUCGCCCGGCCCCGUCGAAGGAAUCCGAGCCUGGGAGGACAUCCGGCGACGGCGCAGAGAUGUUGAAGGUUUUGAAGAAUGCUCCUGUGUCCAACCCGGAACCCUCGCCCGCGCCCGACCCCGCAAAGGCUCCGCUGGCUUUGGCGCAGGCUCACCUCAUCGCAAUGCGCGCAAAGUAUAAGGUUGUGGAGGCCUUGCUCGAGGACGAGGCAGAGUCCGUGCCGCAGCUGCAGUCCAUCGUUGGCGGCGACAUGAGCGGUGAGGAUUUUCUGCAAGUGUGCGAGGAGCGAGCGCUGGCCGGCCGGUGCGGUUGGCCGCUCUGCGCGACGUCGCUACAUGCCCAAAAAUCCAUUCCAUCCUCUGCGGGGAGCAAGGCUAAGCCGGGGGGGAAGUAUCGGAUCGACACCAAGAACCGCAAGGUGUACCUGAAGGCGUCGCUCGACAUGUUCUGCUGCACCGCGCACAGGGUGGAGGCUGAGGAUUUCGGCACGACGCUCGCGUUGGACCUGACAGGUGAAGGGGGCGAGGAGGCAAAGGAAGCUCUGGCGCCCGAGUCGGGUCUGAAGGGAGGUUUCCUGAACGCAGACAAAGGCAAGGAGAAGGCGACGACGAAAACGGAGAGGGAUCGGAAGAUUGUCGGGAGAGAUCCAGUCAAUUUGCCAACCAAGAACGUGGAUAAGUCGUUCGGCAACGUCAACCAAAACAUUAAGAUGGACGUCUUGGAGAAGCGACCGCCCCGGGCAACCGAGGCGCAAGCUCCGAAGCCGCCAACGGUGCCGGAGGGCGUGGACGCGGCGGAGGCGGCAAAGAUGAUCGAAGGAUACGUCCCUAAUAAAGGGAUCGAGCCGCCAAAGAAGAAAGGUCCGUCCAAGUUUAUGCAGAUGCGGGCGAAGGAGAAGGAGAAGCAAUCUGGGGAGGCGAGCGAAACUGUUUCGCGAUCGGAAUCUCCCCAGCCGAAAGGUGUGCUGAAGAGCGGCAUGACACCCGGGUUCCUGAAGGAAAAGAAGGAGCCGGCGGCGAAAGGGGUGCGUUUUGACAAGAAGCUGGAGACGGGACCCACCGGGAGCGAGUACGAGCAGACUGAAGAGGAGAUUGCUGACCUCACGACGAGGCAAAAGAACUUUGAGAGUGCUUCGCAGACUCAGCUCGAUGCCGAGCCUCGCGGGAACGGCGGCGGCGCGCAGUUCUACUUUAACGUUUACGAAGAGGGCGGCGUCCACGAACGCACCGGGAAGAACGUUCCGAUGACGGGCAUGGGUCAGUUUUCCGAGGGGCAGAUCACUCGAGUCAUCCCCGCGGGUGCGGAUGGAUACGUCGACACAGACGAGGAAUCCGAUGAAAAGGACGUGAACGGUGGAGAUUUGGCAAAUGACGCGCGUGUCAACGGCGCCAUGGAGGAGGCGAUGCGUGCCGCCGAAGCGGCGGCGCGGGCCGUGGACGCCGCCGGAGAUGACCAAGGGAAGAAAGAGGCGGCGGAGCUUGCGCUGAGCGAGGCGAGAGAGGCGCUUCGACUCGCACUUACCAAGGCGGGUGGCGAGGAAAGCGGAGACGAAGGCGCGACCACCGACGGAGAGAGCACCGACGGCGAGGGCAGCGAGAGGAACGCGCGAGGGGGAGGACCUCCCGUCUCGGAAUUCGGGUCGACGUGGAUGAUGAUGGACGGAUGGGUUACCCGCGCCACUUUCCAUCACCUCGGCGCGACCCUGAAGGACGACAUGGAUGGAACACCGGAGUUGCCCCCUCGGAUCGGAUACGCCGUCCAGCAGGCCAACGCCGCCGCGCACGAGAUAUCCCGCGCAUUACCGACCGUGAUCCGGACCUUUGGUUUGCGACAGAGCCCGGCGUCGCUCGAGCAACCACUCGGACGUAUGCUGCGAACAUUCUUCUUCGAUCGCGCUACUCCGAGCUUACGCCCCGAGCGAUGGGCACUUGUCGCGGCGGUGAUGUUAGAGGCGAUUGCGACGAGGAAGAUACGCGCGGAUGAGCGUGAUGAUCGUCCGCCGACGUUCGUAGAGGACAUGAACAAGGCGAUCGGACAGAACGGCGGAAUGGCGCGGAUCGUGGAAAAUGCUAGGUCGACCGAGGACGAGCGUCGGGUGAUGCUGGAGCUCCUCAGGGGCGAGUGCGCGGGAGGAUUGUAG